GGAAGUGGGGACGCGCCACAGCCGAGGGAGCCGUGUGCGCCUGCGCCCCGGGGAGCGGGCGCCGCGCUGGGCAUGGCGGAGCCGGAGGCGGAGUCGGAGCAGAUCCGCCUGAAGUGCGUCCGUAAGGAAGGCUUCUUCACGGUGCCUCCGGAACACAGGCUGGGCCGGUGCCGGAGCGUGAAGGAGUUUGAGAAGCUGAACCGCAUCGGGGAGGGCACCUACGGCAUCGUGUAUCGGGCCCGGGACACCCAGACGGAUGAGAUCGUGGCCCUGAAGAAAGUGCGGAUGGACAAGGAGAAGGAUGGGGUCCCCAUCAGCAGCCUCCGCGAGAUCACGCUGCUCCUCCGCCUCCGCCACCCAAACAUUGUGGAGCUGAAGGAGGUGGUGGUGGGCAACCACCUGGAGAGCAUCUUCCUGGUGAUGGGUUACUGUGAGCAGGACCUGGCCAGCCUCCUGGAGAACAUGCCGACGCCCUUCUCGGAGGCCCAGGUCAAGUGCAUCGUGCUGCAGGUGCUGCGGGGUCUCCAGUACCUGCACCAGAACUUCAUCAUCCACAGGAGACGUGGGAAAGCGUCUGCAUGUUACCAUGGUGACAACAGGACUGCCGGUGGCUCACUUCCUGGAGCCCUGACCUUCCCUUUCUGUCACAGGGACCUGAAGGUUUCCAACCUGCUCAUGACCGAUAAGGGCUGUGUGAAGACAGCGGACUUCGGCCUGGCCCGGGCCUAUGGCAUCCCCGUGAGACCAAUGACGCCCAAGGUGGUCACCCUGUGGUACCGAGCCCCGGAGCUGCUGCUGGGCACCACCACGCAGACCACCAGCAUCGACAUGUGGGCCAUGGGCUGUGUCCUGGCCGAGCUGCUGGCCCACAAGCCCCUGCUCCCGGGCACGUCGGAGAUCCACCAGGUGGACCUGAUCGUCCAGCUGCUGGGAACCCCCAGUGAGAACAUCUGGCCGGGCUUUUCGCGGCUGCCGCUGGUCGGCCAGUACAGCCUGCGGAAGCAGCCCUACAACAACCUCAAGCACCGCUUCCCGUGGCUGUCGGAGGCCGGCCUGCGCCUGCUGAACCUGCUCUUCAUGUACGACCCCACCAAGAGGGCGACGGCCGGGGACUGCCUGGAGAGCUCCUACUUCAAGGAGAAGCCCCUGCCCUGUGAGCCCGAGCUCAUGCCCACCUUCCCUCACCACCGCAACAAGCGGGCGGCUCCCGCCGUGUCCGAGAGCCAGAGCAAGCGCUGCAGGCCCUGACCGCGGAGCCCCUGACCACCGGAGGCGCCUGUCGGCCAUGCUGACAGGCUCCCAAGACCCUGCUGGACCCUCGGCCAGGACUCGCCAGCUAUUCAGCUGACCGUCGAUUCCUGCCUCCUCACCCACCACUGCCCCAGAGCAGCGGGGUGUGCACCGGGGUGUGGGUGGUGGGUGUGGCACCCUGAGCCGGACCCCACUGAGCUGUCGUGUCCCCACCUGGGCCCUGCGAGGUGCUGCCCGCCACGCCCUGGGCUCCCAGCAGCUCAGGAAGCACCCACGGGCCCAUCCUGGGGGUGCUGCUGGCCAGGGACGUGCAGACUCGGAUGCCGUCCUGUCGUGGUCCUCGGGCCGCGCUGUGGAGGGGCUGGACCCGGGUCUGGGCCGGGCCCCAGGAGAGCAGAGCCAGUGCCUCCGGGGGCGGAGCCCGGGAGGUACGGCUGGUGCUACAGGAACAACCGAGAUAAAAGCUUCCAGGUA